UGUAGGGCUUGAUCUUUCUUGGAGCGAUGGAUUGGUCCGCGCUGCCGCUCGACGUCUUCCUCCAGAUCUUCCGGUACCACGCCCUCGAUUUCCUCUUCUUGCUGGCGAUCUCAGGCGUGUGCAAGACCUGGCGCGCUCACACCGCCUGGAUCGGCACGCUCGUCGUGCGAUGGCCGCCGGUGGAAGAUCGCCCCCAAUUCGACAACCAGGGCGCUAUGAUCCAGAAGGAGCGCCGCCGAAUCUGUGGCAACCAUGGGGUGGAGCUCCACCUCUGCGAUUGCGUCCACGACGCCAUCUCCAGCGUCAUCGCGCGCCUCCGCAAGGUCUGGUACCUGGAUCUUUGCUGCACAGAGAUUUGCCCCCGCGGACCCACGGCAGUGCAAGUCGCCAAGCUCCGCGACGCCGACUGGGCCAAGGUUGUCAAGUCGCUACUCCAUCUCGAGCUCGCGGCCGGGGUGGUGGAUUCCAGGGCCAUGAAUCACAUCCUCCAGUGCAGCGAUCUCCGCGAGCUACGGCUUGUGAGUUUCGAGUUCGCGGAUGGAUUGGAGUACCCGCUGCUCGGGGAUGCCGGCGAGUUCUCGAGCUCCAGCGGCGUUUUGGAGAAUCUCUGCCGGCUUUACAUCCUCACGUCCUCCAUGCAAGAGGAGGCGCUCAAGAGGUUCCUGGAGCGCUGCCCGGAGGUGGAGGAGAUCGAGCUCAACGCUUGCGGCGCCAAAAGCGAGAGGGAGUUCAACUUCGAAGCUCCCACCAACUUACACGACUAUGAUCUCAAGCUCACGUCCUUUAGCCGGUUCAAGAGGGUGAGAGCUGCUGGUGCUCGGCGGCUGGAGAUUCUUGGGGGCCAGCUCUUGAUCCUGGAGGAGGCGGAGUGUGUCGAGGAACUGGCGGUGCUGCCCGUGUACAUAGAAUUCGCGGAGCCCGAAGCCAUGAAGAACUUCUGGAGGCUGACGCUCAAGGGGAGCUUUUGGGAAGUCCAUGAAGCUAUGUCGGCUUGCCAGACGGCUCCCACGACCAAGAGGCUUUGUCUGGACGAUGAUUUUGGAGUCUACUUCUUCCCGUACGUGCAGAGAGAUGAAAACGACGACUCGGUCGAGUGCUACAAGCUUUUCUCGCUCAUGUUUCGGGGAGGUUCUCUGGAGGAGCUGGAACUCAAGUAUGGUUUCCUUUGCCGGAUGUGGCUAAACGAGCAACAGGAAGACCUGAGUGAGCUUCUACCGAAAAUGCCAAAGAUUGAGAUCCUCGUUCUCGACCUCCACGUACGUCCCGAGAAGGAGCCCAACAUUCCGAGGUUUGCAGAUUCAGUCGAGUCGCUCAUCAACUCUUGCAACAUGGAUUGGAUCUCGCUAAGCUUCGGCGGGGACAACAACGAGGACGUCAACUUCCACCGGGAGUGUUUUGACAAGGAGCUGUUUUCUUCGGUUGUACAGAAUGUUGUGCGCCAUGGAAACCCCGGACCUUGUCCCGAGGACGUACGCCUUCAGCAAAACUCGGAUGUUAAGCGCUAGAGUUUUGCUAUUUACACACACACACACACAGAACCAGGUAUUUGGCUUCAAAAUCAAGUUGAUUCCAGCAUAUCCAAAGCUUAUGUGAAGACGGCAUCACGAAGGUUCACGCAACAUGCUAGCUAGAGGCCAACGAUUGACGAGAGUUAACUAGCAGCGAUAGCACUGGAUUAAUCGGCUCUGAAACCUCUUGGGUGAGUUCCACAUAUAUAUUUAUCUUAUCUUCUCGGCAACUUAGGAGAGCAUUCGUAUAUGAGAUUGUUAUUUUAGUCUAGGAUUACGUGCCUGAAACGUCGUCAUUGCUCUAACACGCAAAGGAAUGAUCCGGAAACUUGGGGACUCUGGUGAAUAAUAUAUAUGGUCAUUCGAAUGUGACCUUGUUUAUCUUGACGCGAA